GACGUCACGGGGUCUCUUCCGCUGCUGCUGCAUGUAAACAAAGAGGAGCUAACAGAGCUAGCAUCAGCAUCAGCAGCUAACAGCUAACAGCACCAGCACCAGCGGGUCUGAUGGAGCCUCACUGAGCUGAACGGAACCAGAGGAACCAGAGGAACCAGAGGAACCAGAGUUCGGGUGGUUCGGGUUCGGGUCUGUGUGAUGGAGCUGCGCUCCGACUGAACCGGAACCAGCACCAUGUCCAUGGAAGACCCGUUCUUCGUCGUCAAAGGUGAGGUCCAGAAGGCAGUGAACGCAGCACAGAGCCUCCAUCACAGAUGAGUUAUGAUGUUUGUUACAGUGAGGUCCAGAAGGCAGUGAACGCAGCACAGAGCCUCCAUCACAGAUGGAGCGAGCUGCUGCAGGAGGGGGGCGGAGCCUCCAAGGAGGAAAUGGACUGGACGACCAAUGAGCUGAGGAACAGUCUGCGCUCCAUCGAGUGGGACCUGGAGGACCUGGACGAGACCAUCAGCAUCGUGGAGUCCAACCCAAAGAAGUUCAACCUGGACGCGGCGGAGCUGUCCACGAGGAAAGCCUUCAUCACCAGCACCAGACAGACUGUCAAGGAAAUGAAAGAGCAGAUGUCGAGUCCAACUGGUGCCUCAGUGGACCGGAAGAACAAACAGGCUCUGCUCGGUGAGCGUGGUGCUCAGGGUCCCAUCUGGCAGCCUGGUCCUGAUAAAUACAGCCGACUGGACCGCCAGCUGCAGAACGCCAACUCUCAGUUCAUAGAGGAGCAGCAGGUCCAGCAGCAGCUGAUGGCGGAGCAGCAGGAUGAACAGCUGGAGCUGGUGUCAGGAACCAUCGGAGUCCUGAAGAACAUGUCGGAGAGGAUCGGCAUGGAGCUGGAUGAACAGGCCGUGAUGUUGGAUGACUUCACUCAUGAGGUGGACAACACUCACUCUCGAUUGGACAACGUCAUGAAGAAACUGGCCAAAGUGUCUCACAUGACCAGCGAUCGUCGUCAGUGGUGCGCUAUCGGAGUGUUGCUCGCAAUCCUCUUCGUCGUCAUCCUCCUCUUCUUCAUCCUCUGAUUGAUGCCUCCUCCUGUCAGCACAGAACUCAUCUGAAAUCUGUGUCUCCUGGACUCUACUGGACUCUACUGGAC